GAGAAAAGUAAAGAUUAGAGUAUAUAGGAAGCAAAAGCUGGGAAAUUAGAUGUACUAGGAAGUAGCUUCUAACAUGAGAAAAGAGUUUCAGACAUAUGCUGAAGAAGUUCAUGUGAUGCAUUAUUAAGACACAGCCACAGAAUACACAACAUAACCGCAGCAUAUGAUGCAGUAAAACUGUGUACUAGUUACUUAGUAUUGUUGGUCCGAAAAUGGCGAUGAUGAGACAGAAAUCAUGGAAGUUGACCAUUUUCUUCACUGUGAUCUGGGCAGUUACCAUCCUCUAUGGUGAAAUGUUUGCUUAUUGGGUCCCACUUUACUUCACUUAUUCUUGGCCUCAUCUUCACUCCUCUUCUUCCUUGGCAGGAGAUGUUCCAUACGAUUUCGUGAAAGUAGCUGUCCUCACUGACCCGCAGCUGAUGGACAGAACCUCCCAUAAUUUUGGUCCCAAAUCACUUAUUUUGGACGUUGCUGAGUUCUACUCAGAUCUGUACAUGCGCAGGGCAUUUCUCUCUACAAUUUUGCCUUUCAAACCUGAUGCAAUUUUAUUCUUGGGUGACUACUUGGAUGGAGGUCCACAGCUGGCAAAUAAAGAAUGGCAGGAAUCUUUGAGCCGGUUCAGGCAUAUCUUUGAUCAUGGUAAACGAGGAAGAACUAAAGAUAUUCCAGUUCACUACAUUCCAGGAAACCACGACAUUGGUUAUGCAGGUCAUCUUUUUCAUAAGCCGGAGGUUAUGGAGCGUUAUGAAAGCGUAUUUGGAGAAAGAUAUUAUAAGUUAACUAUUGGGAAAGUAGACUUUGUUGCGAUUGAUGCUCAAACUGUUGAUGGUAGAUUGGAAGAUACUCCAACUUCACGGACUUGGGAUUUUGUUAAUGGUGUCUCAACGGAUGUAAGAGAAAAUCCAAGGGUGCUAUUGACCCAUAUCCCUUUGUAUCGACCAGAUGAGACUCCUUGUGGUCCACACCGCUCUUCAGAAAUCAUCAAUCAGAGGAUUUCUCGUUCUGCUUAUGAUCAGAGGAUACUAUAUCAGAACUAUGUCACUGAGGAGUCCACAAAGCGUUUACUGGACUUAAUUCACCCUGUACUUGUCCUCUCAGGUCAUGAUCAUGACCAGUGCACAGUCAACCACAAAACAAAAUAUGGUAGUGUCAAGGAGCACACUCUUGGGACAUUAAGUUGGCAACAAGGGAAUUUGUAUCCAUCGUUUAUGCUUCUAUCUGUUGGUAAUUUUACACGUGCAAAUGCCUCUUCUCCAGAACCAGUCAUACUUGCUCAACUAUGCUUUCUUCCAAAGCAACUAUUUAUAUAUAUAUGGUAUAUCAUACUAUUUGUUGUAACCAUCUUUGGGCUGUCAUUUUUGCCUACAUAUGUAAUAGACUUCGAGCUCCACUUCAGACGUCUGAUAAUGAAUAUAAAUAAAUUGGUCAAAGAUCUCUUUUCAAGUGGUGUAAAAGAGAAAAAUGAAGAUGAAAACUGUGAGUAUGACAUGAUGUGGGAUGCAGAAGGGGGAAUGCAUCUUAUCAAGAAGCCUUGUAAAGCCCCUACAGUUGUGUCCAAGGAGAUGAAUUCAAGUGAAAGAGGCAACGCUGUGAUACGUGCAGCUAGGAAACAAACUCUCCAAGAGCAAGAAGCUGCAACAAAAAUGGACAUGAGUGGGGAUUCUGGUUCUGAUGUCAAAAACAUGCCAAGAUCAAGCAAAUCAUGGAUGAAGAUAAUGCUGCAAAGAUGGAUCCGGGUUCUUGGGAUGGUUUUGGUAAUUGCGGUGGUGAAUGUACCGUUAUACAUGAUGCUCUUGUUUAAAGAUUGGGCUGAAUGAUGAUGCCGCUGAGAGACUCGGAUCACGCUAAGUUGGAAAAUCUGCGAAUCUGGGUUACCUGGACUAGGAACUGCUAUUUUUUGUAUUUAUGUAUGCUGCUUGUAAUCUCUCUCUUUCUGUAUUUCCUCAGGUUGGGAAGAAUCUUGUUAUAAUCUCAUGUAACUACAAGGUAAAACAAGUGUUGUGUUGUAAUCUCAUGUAACUACAAGGUAAAACAAGUGUUGUAAAAUCAGAAGAUGACCCAGGUAGUUUUUGUAGGGGAUUGCAGCUUCAGUGCUGGGUUCUUAGAUGUUUUUUUUGGUUUUUAUGAGGGAUCUGAAAGAAAUGUUCUUAAAAUAAAAAAUAAAUCCUUCUGUUUGAGAAGAUCUUGUAACAAGACAAUUAUUCUCAUUCUUGUAUAUUCUCUUAUGAGAAGAAAAUUUAGCUGAUUCAUUCAAAACCCUUCUCAUAUAAUACUACCUAGUUAUAAUCUUGAAUCA